AUGCCGUUUGAGGCGCCCGAAUUUCGGAUCAUGACAGCACCCAACCCUGAAGACACCACCUCCUUUGUAUCCAUGGAAGACCCCUUCGUUUCGAAUGGCGGACGGCCAGCCCCACGCGACGCCCACCGAUAUUCGUCAUUCGAUACGCAGCUGUUUAGCCUCAAUGCAUCUUCGCCAGCCCAGGCCAAACGAGCCCUUGAGGCUCAUCUGGCGGAGACGGAACGUCGAUUAGAGGAAGCCUCGAAAUUGGGAACAGCCCUAAUCGAUCAGCAGCAGCAGCUAUCGGAGCAGCUGAAGGAGGUCGAGCAACAGCAGGAUGAGGGAGAGAUGGGCCCGGAAUUGCGACGCAAACUCGCCGACCUGGAGAAGGAGUAUAAUGAGAUCGGUCGUGAGUCGGCGCGGGCAUUUUUGGCGCCCAAACGCCUUGCAGGGGGAGAGGAGGCUCAGCUCGGAACGCCGUCUUUUGAUCAAAAGUCACCUCUAAGCCCGGCUUUGUUCGCCAGUCAAGCCACGAACUCCCCUAGCAAAGUCAGCGUUCCAUCCCGGAAGCAGCGCAAUCAACAGUCAAAUCGUGUCCACGAUAUCGAAUUUGCGACUGAGAUCUCCACCUCUCUUUUGGCUCAAGUCCGCCAGCUACAAGCUCUUCUUGCAGAACGGGAAGAGACGCUCAAGUCUGUUAAUCUGGAAAAGUCGCGACUUGAGUUGGAGGCCGAGGGAUAUGGGCAACGAAUCCGGGCACUUGAUGACAGUGAGCAGCGCUACAAGGAUGAAAACUGGGCACUGGAGACACAAGCACACGAGUUGAUGGCGGCUGCUAGAGAAGCUGCGGAGCGUGAAAGUCGACUCAAUACCGCACUGACCGCGUCAGCUUCCGAAAAGAACGCCAUUGAACGGGAAUUGGAGGAGCUACGGCAAGCCAACUCGAGGUUACUUGAGGAUCAGAGCUUGAUGCAGAAGGCAAACGAUGCAGAAAUCCAUCUUCUGCGCCGGAAUUUGAAUUCUGGCGAGCUGGAGAAGUCUGCCUUGCACAAAAAGCUCGCAGAAUUGACAUCUCAGAAUCAAGAGCUUGCUAAGGCUGUUGCCAUGCGUUUACGGCAGCACGAAACUCAGGGCAGCCGGGAUAUUGCUUAUAAUGAUGAUGGCGAUGAGCCGGAGCAAAUCACACCUGAAAGUUCCCCGCCACCUUCCCCCAACAAGUUCACUCCUCGACAUGGCCACUUGGAGUCCGAAACCUUGAAGAGCUCGCUUGGUCACGCUCACCGCAUGAUCCAGAAUCUUAAGAGUACCAUUCACCGUGAGAAGACUGAGAAGAUCGAGCUCAAACGCAUGCUGCAGGAUGCCCGGGAUGAGGUUGAGACACGUCGCCGUGAGACUACUGCGCCAAACGGAUCAAGCAAGCGACAGAAGACUAAGACAGAUUCAUCUCGAAAGCCUCCUCGUCCAGACCUUCUGGGUGCGGGCCGCAAAGAGAAGUCCUUUGUUGAACUUCAUGAUACCGAUUGGGAAGAUAACGCCGGUCAGAUCAGUCCUACUCACAAGCCUGCCAUGACCAGAUCGAUGGGUCGCCCUGGCACAGUGUCUCCCGAUGAGCCCAGUGACAUUUAUCAGACAGCCACUGAAGCUGAAGACGGAUUUGAGACGGCAAAUGAGCGAGCAACAGCAACCGAAAGUGAAGCAUUCCAGACCGGCGUGGAAAGCAUGGCGGAUGACAGCAGUGACUCGGCAGAUCUUACUGAGACUGAGAACAAUGUCCAAACAACUCCACGCAGCCGAGGUCCCUCCCUGAUGAUGUCCAAGACUCGUGAUCGCGAUUCUUAUCACAGCACGGCUUCUGCCUCUACUGAUGACGAGGAUUAUGAUUCAGGAUUCCCCUCUCCAAGCCAAAGACAUAUCUCCCGGCCUCGGGUCAAGUCUAAGCGAAGCAUGUCAAGACGCAUUCGCCCAUCCGGGGAGGCGCCAUUCGCCUCGACUAGUCGGCCCUCAAGCUCUCGUGAAUCACCGGCACCUACCUUUGAGCAAGCACCAGUAUCUCAAGAGGGCCAGAGCCUCUUUGCUGAACUAGCAGAGCUCGAAGGUGGCGGUGAAGAUGAGCAAACUUCUCAGGCUUCUACGCCGCGCAUGGAGGCUACACCAGGCUCGCGCAGACCUUCGGACGCCAUGUUGGACGCGUCACCUAAGCCUAUUAUGGUUGACUCUGGGGUGAUGACCGAGCCUUGGGAGCAUACGCUUCCCAUCAGUGCCAAUUUUGCUACUGAAGCUGCUCUUCCAAGCACACCGACCCAGCCAACAGCAGACACAGGAAUCGCCGAGGAAGCACAGGCAACGCCAAGACUGGUCAGCGCAGGAACACAGUGGACACCGCACAAGCCCUCGCCUGAGGAUGGCGAUCAUUUGGCUAAUGUUCCUACGCCGCCAAAGAUGCUCUGGGAUGAACGCUCGGUUCAAGAGGCAAAUGCCCAACCUGAGUUGCCAGAAAUGGGCAUUGCAGACAUCUCUUCCGAACACACCACGCCUCAGGCUCCUAAGCAUCCUGAGCUAAGUGUCUCCUAUAUCAACGGCGGCAUCACCGCUCCUGUGAAGCAUGAGUUCCCCGCACCGGUGAUUCCGGAACUGACCGUAUCUUCGGUCUCAUCACAGACUACCAGUCCCAUUCUGCCCAAGCUUCACGUGCCAGAACCAAUUAUCAAACACGUCGAUGUCAUUAGAUACGUUGAACGCGAGCCAGAGGUGCCCGAGCUGUCCUUCUCCUCUAUCACCACUCAGACCACGGCACCUGUUCAAGCAACUCUUGCUUUACCAGAACCCGUCAUUCAAUACGUGGAUGUAAUUAAACACGUCGAGCGUGAGCGCGAGCUGCCCGAGUUGAGUUUCUCGUCUAUCACCACACAAUCUACAUCGCCCGUUAAGGCAACCCCUGCAGAGCCGGAACGUGUGAUCGAAUACGUCGACGUUAUAAAGCAUGUUGAGCGUGAUCCUGAGGUGCCUGAAUUGACAUUCUCCUCUAUCACCACUCAAUCUACAUCACCCGUCAAGGCAACCCCUGCAGAGCCGGAACGUGUGAUCGAAUACGUCGACGUUAUAAAGCAUGUUGAGCGUGAUCCUGAGGUGCCUGAAUUGACAUUCUCCUCUAUCACCACUCAAUCUACAUCACCCGUCAAGGCAACCCCUGCAGAGCCGGAACGUGUGAUCGAAUACGUCGACGUUAUCAAGCAUGUGGAGCGUGUGCCUGAAUUGCCUGAGCUGACGUUCUCGUCUAUCACUGCACAAUCUACAUUGCCCGUUAAGGCAACCCUUGCUGAGCCGGAACGUGUGAUUGAAUAUGUUGAUGUUAUCAAGCACGUUGAGCGUGAGCCUGAGUUGCCUAAGCUGGCGUUCUCGUCUAUCACCACUCAAGCUACAUCCCCCGUCAAGGCCACCCCUGCUAAGCCGGAGCGUGUUAUUGAAUACGUCGACAUUAUAAAGCAUGUGGAGCGUGAGCCUGAAAUACCUCAGUUGACCUUCUCCUCCAUUACUGCUCAAACAACGGAACCUGUCCGAGCAACUGUUUCUCAACCGGAACCUGUCAUUAAAUACGUUGAUGUUAUCAAGCACGUUGAGCGUGAGCGUGAAGUUCCCGACUUGACUUUCUCCUCAAUCACCGCUCAGUUCACCGCGCCUAUCAAGGCUAGUGUUCCUGAACCAAUUCUCCCUAGUUUGACAAUCUCUUCCCUUGAUCCGACAUACACCGAGCCGGCCAUUCCAAAGCCUCGAGCUAUGCCUGAGCCGCCGGCGUUGUCUUUCUCCUCUGUGCGCUCCGUGGAAACUCAGCCUGUGCAGUCUGCAUCACCUGUUAUUCCCAUGGUGGCACGCCUGUCUACCCAAACUGAGCCAACAGAAGACUCAAAGGCCGCAGUGCUUAUUCAUGAGGACCACCCUACUGAGACUACUCGCAGCCGUGCCAACACCAACAAUAGUCACCAACUUGCUGGUGCCGGGCUGGCUUUGAACGAUAUCUCAGGCAAUGCUCUCGCUCGCUCCACCAGAAGACAGUCUAGUUUUGUCACCAUGGACCAUGGCGCGCAAACAAUUCUGUCUUCGAAGCAAAUCGACCAGAUCCUCAUGGAACGUGGCUCUACACGCCCGCAUACUUCAGGCAGUCAACUCACAGGGCAAUCAAAGGAGUCUGCUGUCGUCGGCGCAGCCGCUGCAGUACCUUUUGUAACACCCAAGCCUCAGUCUCGGCCUCAUCUUUCGCAGAUUCAAUCUGCCAAGUCGACACCCAGUUACCAUCGGCCUCACAGCGCUACAAGCCAGACAUCUGGUCUCAGUGCUCACCCACCCCUGCCUCACGAUCACCGGGAGGCGAUUAUGGCCGCCGAGAAGAAGUCUGUCGAUGCGGCGCCACCAUCCCCCACCAGUGUCAUGGGUCCUCCUUUGGCACCCGCCUCUGCCUAUCGCAUGAACACCCAGCGACCGCUUACGCCGAACGAACAGGCUACGCGCUCUGGCUCUGCGAGAACCGUUUCCUCUCAGCCCAGAAUGAGGAGAGGCAGUCAAAGUCAGAUGUCACGACGAUCCUCGGUUUCGUCCUUCGCGUCCGAGAUUGAGGAGCGUUUCAACAUGAACCCUCAUGCCGGUCCUAUGCCUCAGGGCUAUGGACCUAACACUGACCCUCGCAUGAUCCAGGCCAUCACUCAGACCAUGAUUGGCGAAUUCCUUUGGAAGUACACUCGCAAGACCGGUUCGGCAGACAUGUCUUCAACGAGGCACCGAAGAUACUUCUGGGUCCACCCCUAUACCCGUACAUUGUACUGGAGUGCGCACGACCCGCAAACCGCUGGAAAGAGCGAACUUCGUACCAAGAGUGUGCCUAUUGAGGCAGUGCGGGUGGUUGCUGAUGAUAACCCGUACCCACCGGGUCUUCACUGCAGGAGCUUGGAGGUUGUCAGCCCUGGCCGACGGGUUCGGUUCACGGCUACGACCAGCCAGAGACACGAGACUUGGUUCAAUGCAUUGUCCUAUCUUCUUUUGAGGGAGACCAACGACAACUGUGAAGACCACAACAGCGUGACCCUCGAUGAUAUCGACGAGUUCAAUCCUAAUUUCCGAUCUAGCUCUCGACAGGGAACAAGGAUGUCGUUUUCCUCUUACAACAGUCGCAACGUUCGCAAUGCACCCAAGCAACAACGAGCGGCAUCUGCUAUGUCCAUGCGGUCUGGCGGAGGUCGUGCAUCCCCGGCGCUAAGUACACCCGGACCAAACUCGUUGCAAGUUCCCGAUGAAGCCCACCAACGCUCUUCAUCACGGCUGAGCACGAUCUCCAGCUCAAUUCGGGGGUCAAUUGCCAGUCUGAAGGGACGGCACGGUGCCCAGUCUCCUAGCAUGCUUGAUGAAAGCAUCCGCGGCCAAGACAGCGUCGAUGACCUGAGGCAUGCCCAUGAGACACAAGACUUGGACCGACUCGAAAAUGUCCGUGCCUGCUGUGAUGGCAAGCACGACGUGGGUUCUCUUUCGCGUACUAGUCGGUAUAGCCCGAGAGUCGAUCGCAUCCACUCCCCCCACCCUCACUGA